AUGUCAGGCCGAAACGGGUCUGCCAGUGAUGCAGACUGCCGGAUCUCUGAGGACUGCCAAGUCCCAGAUGUUGAGCUGAUGGAGCUGGGGCCACUGCUGGAAGAGGAGGGGCACGGCAGGCAGCAUCCAAAAGGCGCUGCAAUGCUUGCUGAUGAGGAAGAGGAUGAAGUGGGCGAAGUUCUGACCUUACCACUACAGGCUCACCACGCCAUGGAGAAGAUGGAGGAGUUUGUACACAAGGUUUGGGAGGGGCGCUGGAGAGUCAUCCCUUUCCACGUCCUGCCAGAGUGGCUGAAGGACAACGAUUACCUCCUGCAUGGACAUCGACCACCCAUGCCCUCCUUCCGGGCCUGUUUUGGAAGCAUCUUCAGAAUUCACACUGAAACCGGAAACAUCUGGACUCACCUGUUAGGGCUGAUCUUAUUCCUGUGUCUGGGCACGUUAACUAUGCUGCGGCCCAACAUGUAUUUUAUGGCCCCACUGCAAGAGAAGGUUGUGUUUGGGAUGUUCUUCCUGGGCGCGGUGCUCUGCCUCAGCUUCUCCUGGCUUUUUCAUACUGUCUACUGCCACUCUGAGAAAGUGUCUCGCACAUUCUCCAAGCUUGACUACUCGGGGAUCGCCCUCCUAAUCAUGGGCUCCUUCGUGCCCUGGCUGUACUACUCCUUCUAUUGUUCCCCUCAGCCUCGCCUUAUCUACCUCACCAUUGUAUGUAUCCUCGGCAUUGCCGCCAUCAUUGUCGCCCAGUGGGACCGAUUCUCUACACCUCGUCACAGACCUACAAGAGCAGGCGUCUUCAUGGGUCUCGGGCUAAGUGGCAUUGUUCCCACCAUGCACUUCACCAUUGAGGAGGGCUUUGUUAAGGCCACCACAGUCGGACAGAUGGGUUGGUUCUUGAUGGGGGCCAUGUAUAUCACCGGCGCUGGUCUGUACGCAGCCAGGAUCCCCGAACGUUAUUUCCCCGGCAAAUGUGACAUUUGGUUCCAUUCUCAUCAGAUUUUUCACGUUCUGGUCGUGGCAGCAGCGUUCAUCCAUUUCUACGGCGUUUCCAACCUGCAGGAGUUCCGAUACGGCCUCGAGGGGGAUGCACAGAUGACUCUCUACUCUGAGAGGCCUGACUGUGACUUAAACUUUUCUCUAUAGCCCCCCACACACACACAAACACACACACACACACGCGCGCACACACAAACACACACACAAAAUGCUGCUGGAAUUCAAUAUAGUCACUUAUUCCUCCUUCCAUACUUCUGAUUUUCUAACAUCUUAUUUGGGUUUUUGAUCUUUCUGCUUUGGCUCCU